UUCCCGAAUGAUGUCAAUUAUGGCAAACUAUUAGAUGAAAUGUUAAACCGAAGAUCUCGCACGGACGAAACUCUCAGAGAUUAUUUUUAUGAGAAACUUGCGUUAUUGAGUCGGUGCGAGAUUGUCGGUCGGAAGGCAGUUGAUUGUAUAAUCUACGGAAUCAAUGACAGCUCAGUUAGAAAUGGGGCCCAAGCCCUCAAAUGUGAGGAACCGGAGGACCUGUUAAAUUAUUUAGCAUCACAACAGCCCUCGCAAUCUAAAGACGCAUCACGGGGCCCGUCAACUUCAAAUUCAUCAAAGAGACGGGACUUUCGUAGUAAUCCUUCUGACAAAAGCUCUGUUAGUAACAGGGGAGUAGACUCCACCUGUUAUAAUUGUCAUGAGCGUGGCCAUGUUUACCUGAAUUGUCCCAAGCCAAUCGUUAAGUGCGGCAAAUGCCAUAGAGUAGGGCAUAAUGACGAGAAUUGCUCUAGGAGACCAUUACAAACGCAACCCCGUAAUACCAGUAGCUCUAGCAGUCAGCCUACUGACAAAAAGGUCUUGAAAGUAUCAGUAGAUGUUGAUAGUUCAAUAUUAGAUGAGGUCGAAAGAAGAGCAUCCUUUGACAUAAAAACAUCAGAAGGUUGUUCUAACACUUCUAACCAUGCUAACCAUUUUAAUGAUAGCGUAGAUGAUUCCGCAAACGAGAAGUUUCAUAAGACUAUUUGCGUUAAUGAACAAAUGUUAGGCGCUUACAUUGACUUCGGUUGUGCGCGUAGUCUAAUUCGGUAUACAGAUGCGGUCGCGUUGGGAUUAAUAAAAAGUGAAAGCACAUCGUUGCCCACCUUAAGAGGUUUUGGUCAUUCGGCAGUCGUGCCUAAAGCGGAGGCUACUGUUCAUGUUAGGAUUGACGAAGUUGAGAUGGAGUUGAAUGUUUUGGUUGUGGAUGACGCGUAUUUGGAAGAUUCACUGAUGAUCGGAAGGGACUUUACAGAAAAGCCAUGUGUAACAGCAUUGAAAAACAAUAAGCAAUUGUUCCUUUAUCAUACUCCCUCUGAACUUUCCGAAAAUCAAAAUCAGGCUAUCGGUCUUUAUAUCUUAAAAGAUGCUACAGUAGUAAAGGGAGGUUUAUUGGAGAUAUACACUAAAGAUAAUUACACUGGCAAUGUUUACUCGGACGGUGGAACCAGGAUGAGUCCCAAUCAAGAAUAUCACCUACAUCAGGGUUAUUAUGAGGUGAAGGAGAGUAGAGCAGUAGUAUUUGUAACUUCGUUAACUAAAGCGCCACUCAACUUUAGGGCAGGGACAUUGAUAGCGAGAGUCAAUCCAAUUACAGAAGUUACGACUUUGGUCGUUCAGGCUGAAUACAAUGAAAGGGAAAUGAAGCCGAUUGAGCAAUCUGAAAUUAGAGUAGGCAAAGGGGUCGAUGAGGAAACUCGCGAGAGACUUCAUCAACUCCUCCAAAAAUAUAGAUCUUGUUUUGCCCAAAACCUUAACGAGCUAGGACGUGCUAAAGAUGCUAAUAUGAAUCUAGACACGCGGUAGCGUGUCCAGCCAAGUUCAAAGAAAAAGGAACUGGCGACGCAGCAACCGUGUGUAAUAUUACACGAACCAUUUCGAGCUACUUUUGACCCCUUCACAACUUGAAACCUACUUAACCUACACAAAUGAAAUUUGGCACAUGUAUUCAAGCCCCUUAGCUUGUCCAAAAUACAAAAUUUCAUAAAAAUAGCUCAUACAGUUAUUGAUAAAUCAACGUGUAAAAACCGGCAUUUUUGUGAC